AUGGUGGAAUCACUGUGGUUUUUACUGAGCAUUAAUGAGGUGAUGUUGUGGAUUUUUGCCGUGUUUGCUAGUACAUGCGCUGAUCUCUGGACGGAAACAGAACGUAUCAGUGAUUUACAACAAUGGCGCGCAUUAUGCGGUCGAUAUACAGUGGCGAAAGCUUAUAUGGAAGAUAGCAAUGCACGAAUAACCGUUUUCGCACCGGUGGAUGAUGUGUUCACGUAUAAUCCAGAUAUCCGAGCGCUAGAUCAGAAGGAGACUCUCAGUCAUAUCGUUGACACCCAGGUGGUGGAAAUCUCGCAGGGGAAACGAUGGGAAAAGCAAACGUUGAUUCGAUCGACUAUCAACAGCGGAUACAUCUACAUUACGCAGUUCGAGAAUAAUCCUGGAAAUUUCUCUUAUUUUGCGAAUGCUGGAAUGCUCUGCAAUCACGCCACAAACCAAUGGGGAAUGAUAUCUGGUGAGCAGUAUCUGUACAAAAUCUGCACACCAAUCGGACAUCGACCGUAUCCGGGUACAGCGCUUUCUUUCAUCCGAGACUCGGACCAAACGCUAUUCGUAGAUCGACAGUAUGACAACAGUGAACUUUCGUGA